AUGAGGUUUCCGCUUGGUCAACGGCUCGGCUCGCUCUUUAUUAAAAAAACGUCUUCUACUUUCUGGCUUUGAUUGGCUUCCGGUUACAGGUGGGCUGAUUCGAAAAGAAAACUCUAAAAAAACUGAUAAAAAAGGAAGUCUUUAAAAAACAAGUGAACGGACUCAAGUUCUUUCAAUUUCAAUUGAAGUAAGCUUUUUGGAGCAACUCUGGAUAAAACAUUUUUCUGUUUCCAAAUGUAAUCUUUCAAUAAUUGAUCAUUUUACUGAAUUACGUCGUUCAGCUGAAAUAAUGUUUUGAUUGAAAAUUUGAUUCUCCAAUCUUAUGAUGCUCACUCAAUGUUUUUUUGCUUCUUUAUAUUCUCCUUAUUAUUUAUUCUCCAGCUUAUUGAAAAAUAAAUUUGGAAAUUUCCAAAAAAACUAUUUAUUUUAAUAUUCAUAACACCUGAAAGGUGCUUUGAGAGCUAGAACGAUUGCUGAAAAGAAAAUGGUACGAUCGCCCACACUGCAAAAGCCGUGGACCUCAUUUCCGAAUCGUUUAGCGGCAGAAUUUACGGUCCAAACACGUGCAUAACUCAGCCAAUAUGUGUCUUGCGCGGCCAUGAAAGUCGACGGUUAUGGGCCGAGAAGUGCGCGAAAAAAUUGAAACAAAAGACAGGCCGUCGUCGGACGCCGAAACCGACGAAAAACGCCCUGGCGACAAUCUGAGAGGAAAAUCAACGUUCCUCGUCUCAGUGAUACAAUCGACGCCACACCGAAGCGAAUACGGCCCUCGAGGUGUAAACUUGAAAUAUAUGAAUUUUUUUGCAGUUUUUAUCCGCCGUUUUGGCCAAGUUUAUCUUAGUCGACACGACUAAAACGAACUCGUUAAUGAACCGUUGCGCGGUAGGGGAAGUGUAGGUUCUGAAAACGUGCCUCUGGAUUCUGUUUAGGUCAGAUCUUCGGACUGAGGUUUGAGAAGUGUAUAAAAGUACAAAAUUGUGGAAGUCUCAGAACCUUCUUCAAGCUAGCGUAAAAGUUGAUCAGUCUCUUCAAAACUUUAGUUCAUUCAGAUCGCUUUCACCUGCCCAUAACAGUUUUUGAAAAACGACAGCUUCAGGUUCUUGGAGUUUGAAUUAAGAAGAAAACAAUUUUUGAUCUGGUUGGUCGUGUAAAAAAGAUUUCGCGAGAUUUUCAUGCUUCAUAUCAGUCUCCAUUUCCUUUUUUUCUCAUUUUUUUUUUUGCUGUUUUUAAAAAUAUUCAAGGAUACUUUUUCAGAAAUUUUGAUUGCAAAAAUCAGGAAACUUUCUCACAAAAAAACUUUGGUUUCAAAAACUCAUUAAAAGCUUCACUAUCUCAAACCUCGGCACUUUCUCAAAAAAAACCUGUCUUCGAAAGAUUCCAUCAAUUUUCUCGAGCACGUGGCUGAUGUCAAUGGAAAUCAAUGUAAUUUUUUUUGAAAUCGUUGCGGCUAAAAAGAGCUAUUCAUCAAAAGGAAAUCGGGUUUGGGACAGACGCGGAGGUCCAACUUCAGCGACCCACUGAUUCAUCGGAUUGUCUUAGAGUCCAGGUGCGAAGUAUCAACCCCGACGACCGACGGAAGACCGCCAGCGGCAAAUAA